GCGAUUUCUACAUAGUACGUCCAAAGUUCAAUUUUAGCUUCGUUUUUAAUUCUACACUUAACCACCACAUCCUUGGAACCCGCCAAUUGGUGAAGCGUGGUAAUAGGAACAUUACCUACAUAGGUAGAUAGGGUUGUACAUACCUCCUACUCGGUAUUUUUCUUCUUCUUUUCUUCCCGCCCAGUCUUUCCCAAUGGCAACGGCGCGCAUCCCGGCCCUGCGCAACCUCCUCGGCCGGCGGCAACCAUUUCGCCUGCCGGGCCAGCAGCGCCGCUGGGCCCAGGUCCACGACGUGCGCUUCGUAGCCACCACCCAGGCCGCCCGCAGCGUCACCGAGAAGUACCGCGACAAGCUCGACCGCAAGGCCCGCGAGGAAGGCCUGCGCGAUAUCGGCGAGCUGAAAGAAGCGUACAAGGACCGCAUCCAGGAGCUUAAGAAGAAAGAUAGCGUCUCGGUUCCCGGGCUCGAUGCGCUGCUUGCGGAUGAGCCCGUGCCGGUGCAGACACAGGCUGGGGAUGGGAUUACUCAGAAACCACCGCCGCCGCCGCCGUCACAAUCGCAAGUCCCACCCGUUAGCACGGGAAGCACAAACGCCGCUGUAAAACCGCUCUCCGAAAUCCUCGACCUGCCGAAAGCCCGCGCGCUCCCCGAGAAAGAACUCGGCGCGAUAUGGCGGCUCCGGCACGCGUCGUCGCCGAACUCGCUCUGCGCGGUGAUCCCCAGGGCGACGUACGCGACGCUCGAAGCGACGGCGCGCCGGCACCCUUCCUUCGUGCUCCCGGUGCCGCGGGGCGCGGACGUGGGCGCGGAGAUCCACUUCCUGCAGUGGGUGUUCGACGGGCCGUCGCGGACGGCGACGGUGCUGUUCACGCAGCUGGCGGAGUACAAGGCGCGCGGGGAGUGGGCGCAGCCGCACACGAGCGUGACGCACUACGUGGACGAGGGGCUGGCGGGGGUGCUGAUGGCGGGGAGCGUGGUGGAUGGGCGGGGGGCCAGCGUGCAGGAUGCCAAGUGGCUUGUUAUGCUUAUGCAGCGGUUUUACGGCGGGGAGGGGACUGGGGGGGAGAAGGAUAAGGGGAAGAGGAGGUUGUUGGAGGAGUUUGGACGGGGGGAUGGCGGGUUUAGCGUUGAGAGGUUGUUGGAGGAGAGUGAGAAGUUGGGUUGAGUUGAGGGGGUGCUGGAGGGUAUGGACGAUUAACAAGAUUAACAAGUUCGAGUCGAGAUGGACUUGAAGCUUCGUAUACAUAUGAGAGGGAAGGUCAUAAAGGGCAUUUUGAGAAUGAGUCGGAUGGGACUGUUACGAAAGAAUAUGCCACACGUGUAUUCAGGACUGGUUUAGACGACAGAUAACGCUGCUCACGGAUAGACAAAGGG